AUGAAAUGAGGGGAGGGCAUCAGUGGGUAAAGAUGGAAAUAGAUAAACACAGCAAGGCUGAUGUGGCUGAGGACAAAAAUCCUGGACGACCGGGCUGACGUCCACUUGAACAUCUGACUGCGUGGUUCACGGGUUGCUCGCUCCUCCAGCAGCUCGAGUGGAAAAAGUGGAAGGAUCUGAGCUUCACUCAGCGUCUGAGGGACAUCUGAGGCUCCAAGACAAGGCGACGUGCAUCCAGAGGAGGUGGCAGAAGUGCCUUUUCGACAAGUGGUUACACUGAACACGACCUGAUCAUGAGGAAUGCUCACGUGUGUUUCCUCCUGGCUCUGCUGCUGCUCCUGCUGCGUUCCUCCCACAGUCUGGACGAGGACACACAGAGGGAGGUCCUGGCAGUGGACGUCUUGAACCGCAGCGGUGUGUUGAACUCGCUGCUGCGCUCGGAGCAUCACACUGUGCUCAGACGUGCCAGGACCCAACGUCCAGUCCCCCAGGUCCCAAAGAGAGCUCAGCAGGGCUCUCGCUUUGCCCUGUCUCUGGAUGUGCCCACCAGCAUCCUCAGUGUUCUCAUAGACCUGGCCAAGAACCAGGACAUGAGGACCAAGGCUGCAGCCAACGCAGAGCUGAUGGCACGAAUAGGCAGGAAAUGACAAGUAUGCAGAGAGGUGAUGUCACUGGAGGACAUGAUUAUGUGUUGUUAUGAUGUAUUUAUGUACUCACUAUAUUUGACACACUUUGAGUAUUUGUACAUUAACAUCAGGACUGUUCAGUUUGACUGAAUAUUUCAAACUUUUCGAUUCACACAUUGUGUAAUAAAAAUGGUGACACUUUUUAAACCAAUGAUGUCAUAUUUUGACUAGAAUAAACA